ACACACACGCGCACACUACUGUCUCUCUCCUAUCACUCCCAAUUCUCCCUCUCUCUCUUCCCCAUCCGGGCCAGCCAACCCUAGCGCGGCGGCGAUGGCGUCGGACCCGGCCCCUGACGACGCGGCCGCGGCAGAGAACGGCCACGGCAACGACAACGGCCACGGCAACGGCAACGGCAACGGCAACGGCAACGGCCCGUCCCCGAAGCGGGCCCGGUCGGUGAUCUCGGCGGACGAGAUCCGCACCGAGUUCGCGCACCACGACGCCGCCGUGGCGCGCGUCAACAACGGCAGCUUCGGCUGCUGCCCGGCCUCGGUCCUCGCCGCGCAGGCCCACUGGCAGGGCCUCUUCCUCGCGCAGCCCGACGCCUUCUACUUCCACGGCCUCCAGCAGGGCCUCCUCCGCUCGCGCGCCGCCGUCGCCGAGGCGGUGGGCGCCGGCGACGUCUCCGAGGUCUCCCUCGUCGACAACGCCACCACGGCUGCCGCCAUCGUCCUGCAGCACGCGGCCUGGAGCUUCGCCGAGGGCCGCUUCGCGAGCGGGGAUGCCGUGCUCAUGCUCCACUACGCCUACGGUGCGGUCAAGAAGUCCAUCCACGCCUAUGUCGCGCGCGCGGGGGCCACCGUCGUCGAGGUGCCCCUCCCGUUCCCUGUCGCGUCGGCCGACGCGAUUAUCGCCGAGUUCCGUGCUGCGCUCGCGGUCGCCAAGGAAGGGGGGCGUAGGGUCCGGCUCGCAGUCAUCGACCACAUCACCUCCAUGCCCAGUGUCGUCAUCCCCGUGAAGGAGCUCGUCGCCAUCUGCCGAGAAGAGGGCGUUGACAAGGUAUUCGUUGACGCUGCACAUUCUAUUGGGCAGGUGCCUGUGGACGUGCGUGACAUUGGAGCUGAUUUCUACACAAGCAACCUUCAUAAGUGGUUCUUUUGCCCACCUGCCGUGGCAUUUUUGCAUACUCGCAAGGACCCGAUAGCUUCCCAGCUCCAUCACCCUGUUGUCUCGCAUGAGUAUGGGAAUGGGCUGCCUAUGGAGAGCGGAUGGAUUGGAACGAGGGAUUACAGUGCCCAGCUUGUUGUGUCUGAGGCCAUAGAUUUUGUGAAUCGGUUUGAGGGUGGAAUCGAGGGGAUACGAAGCCGGAAUCAUGAGAAAGUUAUUGAGAUGGGUAUGAUGCUUGCUGAGGCUUGGGGCACUUUUCUUGGCACACCUCCGGAACUGUGUGGUAGCAUGGUUAUGGUCGGGAUGCCUGGUUGCCUUGGUGUCGAGAGUGAUGAUGAUGCAUUGAGAGUGAGAACUAUGUUGAGGAAGGAUUUCCAGGUGGAGGUUCCAAUAUACUACAACUCAAGAAGGGUGGAAGGACAGGAGAUGGCAAAGGAUAGGAAUGGUGAUCCAGUGACAGGUUAUGUGAGGAUAUCACACCAGGUUUACAAUGUCACCAAGGACUAUGAGAGACUCAGAGAUGCUGUCAAUAAACUUGUUUCUGAAGGGUUCACCAGCAUCAACUUGCGGCCUUCUGAGAAGGUACACACUCUGCUGAAAUGACUGCUUGCAUGCAAGAGGCUUAGGUGUAAUGAUCUUCCAGCCAGGUAUCAUCCACCUGAAGGCGCUGUGGCCAACUACUUAAGUGUGGAUCGGACCAGCGCAGCCAGUACUGCUGCUUCGUGAUCGUGACGUAGUUCCUGGCAUAGCCAGCCAGUUGAUGGAUGUAGUGUACCUCCAGGAACUGACAUGUGUUGUAUUUGGCGUUCAGUGUAUGUAACAAUAAUGCCCUGGCAUGUCGUCUUCCCUCUUCACCAACAUUUUGGGAGUUGCUGUAACCUAAGAAUAAUCUGAAUGUAAGGAUAUUUACAGCUGCUGUACAUCGAUUGUUGGUUACUGAUAACUUAUCACAUUGAUCAUCAAUACAGUACAUCAAAGUGGCGGUGGAUUA